UGUCCAUCGACCCUCCCUCCAUCCGCGCGUGGGCUGUCCACCCAGCCCGUCCACCCAGACCACCGCCGGCCUCCCCUCGCUCUCCUGGUCCAGCCACCAGCUCCGCCGCCUCCGCCCUCCCUUCCCCCCGCGAUGGCCUCCCAGGAGCCCCUGCACAUGAAGACCCCGAUCCGAGACAGCAUGGCCCUGUCCAAGGUGGCCGGCACCAGCGUCUACAUCAAGAUGGACAGUGCCCAGCCCUCGGGCUCCUUCAAGAUCAGGGGCAUCGGCCACCUCUGCCAGAAGAAGGCCGAGCAAGGCUGCAAACACUUCGUCUGCUGCUCAGCGGGCAACGCGGGCAUGGCGGCCGCCUACGCGGCCAGGAGGCUGGGCAUCCCCGCCACCAUCGUCGUGCCCAAGACCACACCCGCCCUCACCAUCGAGCGGCUCAGGAGUGAGGGCGCCACGGUCCAGGUGGUGGGUGAGACGUUGGAGGAGGCCCACAAGCUGGCCACGGCCCUGGCGAAGAACAACUCAGACUGGGUCUUCGUCUCUCCCUUCGACGACCCCCUCAUCUGGGACGGCCACACUUCCAUCGUGAAGGAGCUGAAGGAGACGCUGAGCGCAAAGCCGGGGGCCAUCGCGCUGUCGGUGGGGGGCGGCGGCCUCUUGUGCGGAGUGGUCCAGGGGCUGCAGGAGGUGGGCUGGGGGGACGUGCCCAUCAUCGCCAUGGAGACCAAGGGAGCCCACAGCUUCCACGCGGCCACCUCUGCAGGCAAGCUCGUCCCUCUGGACCAGGUUACCAGUGUGGCCAAGGCUCUGUGUGUGAGGACCGUGGGGGCUCAAGCCCUGAAGCUGUUUCAGGAACACCCCAUUUUCUCAGAAGUUAUCUCCGACCGGGAGGCUGUGGCCGCUAUUGAGAAGUUUGUGGGUAUGUGCCAAGUCCUUUCAAGACCCAACCUGCUGGUUCAGGAACCAAGACUCCCCAUUGAAUACGAUGCAGUAGUAAAAAUAGAAAGGCCAAAUGAAGAAGCCUGA